ACUUUAUCUUUGGUUUUAUUGGCUCGACGAGAUUAAAGAGAGAAAAAAAGUUCACGAGAAACUUUAAAUAGAAACAUUUUUCAAACAUGAUGAGUUAAAAUUCUGUAUGUACGAGUAUAAAUUAGUUAUACCGUUGAAUCGAGUUCUUUUUUUUUUUUAAAAAAAAAAAAUCUCCUUGUUAUAGUGAAUAAUUCCUAUCUUCAACGCGGCUGGACACAUGACGGUUUAUCAUAUGAAGAUUAUCUUCAUGUAACAUUUCUCCUGACAUAUUACAAGUAUUUUAGUAAUUUACAAGCGAUUAUUAUUACCUGAUUCGGCGGGCUCGAGAUGAUUGACAAUUUACUAUUUAUAUAAUAAAUAGUUGAAAUUCUUUUUUUUUUUUUUUCAAAUAAUUGAUAAACAUAAAAUUUAAAAUUUUUCGUAGUAAGAAUUUCUCUUUACUUAACAAUGCCUAAUAACAUUAAGCUUAAAAUUACUGGCGAUUCAAAUGAUUGGAUUAAUUGGAUUGAGGAUGCCAUUGCGAAGAAUUUCUUUAAAUAUUAUGAAUAUAAUCAUUUUAGUAAUAUUCAAGAAAUUGGGUUGGGAAAAUUAGGAAAAGUUUAUCGUGCAAAUUGGAAAAAUUCUCAUAGAUGUUUUACAUUGAAAUCUUUGUUUGAUCUCAAUAACAUCACGGCUAAAGAAAUUAUUAAUGAGCUUAAGUUUCAAUAUGAUGUUAAUUUUCAUGAAAAUAUUAUUUGUUUUUAUGGAAUUACAAAUUUCAAUCAAGGAGAAAUUCCAAGUAAUGAUUCAAAGAAGUAUCUAUUAGUAAUGGAGUACGCAGAUAGUGGUACUCUUCAAGAAUAUUUGAAAAAACACUUUUGUAAUCUCACUUGGUAUGAUAAAUUAAAUCUAGCACUUCAAUUAGUUUCUGCUAUAUCAUAUUUACAUGAUGAAGGAAUCGUACAUCGUGAUCUGCACUCUAGUAGUAGUAUAUUGAUUCACCGAAAUUCCAUCAAAUUAGCUGAUUUUGGGUUAACAAAAAGAAUUGAAGAAUCUUCUAAUCUCCCUUAUGUUGAUCCAAAGGUAUUCGGUAGACGAAAAGAUAUUGACGAUCAAAUGCAAAUGCAAAUAUAUUCAUUAAAUGAAAAGGUUGAUAUUUACAAUAUUGGCGUAAUUUUAUGGGAAAUAUUUAGCGGUCAGUUACCUUCUGUUAAUGAACCAUUUAAUGAUUUCGUUAAUAGAAUAAUACAAGAUCUUAGAAAGACUAAUGUACCUGGAGAUUAUAUAAAAAUUUGUACAGAUUAUUUUUUCUUAUAUUUAUAGAAUGUUGGGAUAAUGAUCUAGAUAAUCGACCAGCUAUAUAUCAAAUUAUUGAUAAAUUAAAAACGAUUGUUACGAGAGAAAAUUAUAAUUGUAUUA